GCACUGAUAGGCAGCACUGAUGAGCACUGAUAGGCAGCACAGUGAUGAGGCUGCACUGAUGAGGCAGCACUGGUGGGCAUUGAUGAGGAGGCACUGAUGAGGCUGAACUGAUAUGCAGCACUGAUGGGCACUGAUAGGCAGCACUGAAGAUCACUGAAUGGCUGCACGGACUGAUGGCACUAAUAGGCUGCACUGAUUGGCGGCACCGAUGGGCACAGAUUGGCAGAACUGCUGGGCACAGAUUGGCAGCACUGCUGGGCACUGAUGGGCAGCAAUGUUGGGCACUGAUGGACACUUUUGGGGCUGUGCUGAUAAUAAGGGCACUGAUAAUUAGUGCCCUGAUUAUCAGUGUCAACGCCUCCUUUGACAGUUGCCGGUUAUCG